AUGACGAACAAGCACCCCACGAUACCCGCGUCCGCACCGACAACUCCUGCAGUGACCCGCAAGACAGAUCGACAUGGCCCCGUCACUCCCCAGCGCAUCUCCUACUCGGCCCAGGUCCGCUCGGUAACCUCGCCAUACUCCCCAGCGACGAACCUCUCGACUCCCUACACCCCGUUCAGUCUUCGUUCAGUCUCUUCCUCCUCGAAUGGCUCCAACCUUGCGACCCCCGCUUCCGCGGUCGGCCGGCGGCGUCUCAGUCUCUCGCUGUCGCCGGAGGUCAACUUCAACUCGAAAAGUCUCGCAGACAUCGCAGAGAACUGGAGGACGCGUGCGAAUGAAAAUGGUAUUAAGGUUACUUCUGGUGAUGACAUGCAAUAUGAAGCUGACGUAUCAAGUCUCGACAUUAGCAUGCCCAUGAUAGAUAAAGCCCUGCUGCCUGCACCUUUUCUCUCAUCUCAACGUCGUGCUCGUGCAUUCUCGCAGACACAGGCGCCUCUUUCUCAGAUCACGGACCCAGCCCAGCUUUGUACGCCAAGUCGUGUAAUCAGACAGCCAACAGUCUUGGACACCCCACCUCCCCAGCCUGGCUUCGGACUUCGUGGUAGUGUCACAGAUCCCGCACGUCUACGUCGGCGCCCCACGUUCGAGCAGACGGAUCUCUUUGAUAUUGAUGAGAACGAUUAUGCACCAUAUCCCCAGGCCUUCGUCCCUGUCGUAGCCAACCAAUCUUUGCCGCUGUCCCUGACGCAGCACUUCAACCUUCAGCAAGAUUUCUCCGCAAUAUCCGAAUCAGCCCAGCUAUAUGAACCGUCCUUCUAUCCUACGGAGCCUGAGGAACCCGAAGAGGCAACUCCAUUUGCCUGCUCCGUUUGCGGCGAUUCGGGUGGCACUCUCGCGGUCUUAGAACCAUGCGCCCACCCGCUAUGCCGUCAAUGUCUUACGAGCGCGCUGAACAUCGUGGGCGAGAAGGACAUGGAGUGCGCUGUGUGCAAGUCUAAGGUGGACAACUUCCAGUUACACAAGGCUCCCCCUACUACUGGAGCGAUACCUGGCACGUCGGGCGCAGGCAAGAAGCGCGCGGCCGCGUUCGGCCCCUCCGGUUUAUCUCCGCACGAUAACUCGAUCCUGCAAGGCUUGUGUGACGCUACCAAUCGAGUGCGCGGAAAUGGUGGAAUUGGUGAUUACGAUGAUUUCAUGGAUCGUGCCCAAGGCUCUUCUACUCCCGUUCCCGGGUCUCGUGGAGGUCAUCGAGGCACAGAGGAAAGCGUGGUGCUUCGGGUUGACAACGUUCCCUGGGAUAUCACGCCUCCGGCCAUUGUCACUUGGUUGAAGCACCCCGUUCAGCGCGUGCAUGUCUUGCUCGAUCGCAAAGGGAAGACGCUUAGCCACGCGUACGUCGAGAUGGCCAACGCGGACGGCGCCAAGGCUGCUUUGCGGAGUGCUCAAAACUCGGUCCUCGGUCGUGGCAAGCGUGCCCGCGGUGUCACAGUGACCAAGAGCAGCCAAGAGGAGUUGAUGAAGGCGUUAUUCCCGUCUUGGCAAGGGAACUUCGACGGCUGCCGGCCCUCCUUGUCCGGCCUGGACAACGAGCGUGUCAUCUCGACGCUCCAACGUGGGCUCAUCUCGGAGGCCGAGCUCAACUCCUUGCUGCACCUCAUUCGCUCACCCGACAGCCAUUUCUUGAAAGUUCCGUCGCUCCCUUUCCACUCUUUGAUUAGCAUUCUUUCGAAGUUCCCAUCCGACGACGAUAGUCGGGUAUUUUGGCCGAGCACGUUGCGAGACAAGCUGUAUGAAAUUACAUACUCUGCUGUGCAGGUCCUCCUCGUCCGCAACGAAGACAAUCCAUUGUCUGACUGGGCCGCUCUAAUAACCCAAGUGGUCCGUGCCGCAAUGGAUUGUCAGGCAUUCACUUCCGACCAAAUGAGCAAGCUCUCGGACAUCCUAGAAGAUGCACUUCCUAAAUCCACCUCUUCGCCGCCUGGCCCCCGUUCGCGUUCUGAGUCUCCUAUGGAUCUUCAGAGUGAAGUAGAAGAAGCAAUGCGACCGGCCGAGAAUGAGAACCGUGGCAUCCCCAGCCCAGGUCGCGGAACGUACGGUGAUCUUGCGCAAGAAUUCGGUGUGGAACCUCACCUGGUUGAGGCCUUGGCUCGACGGCUCUCCGCGAUCCGCUAG